AUGCCAACUGCGCUAAUCGGCGUCAAGUGCGGCUCCAAGGACGAUGGCGAGCAUAUCGCUGCGGAACAGAUGUCACGGCGGCUUCACCCUUUACCACCUCUCCGAAUCCGACGCCGCUCGAUUCACCCGCACCGCCCCCUCAUCGACGACCCAUAUAAUACGCAUUCGGCCUUUGCUCACAAUCUGGUCGAACUCUCAACAUCGAUUGACUGCACUACACUUCCGGAGACGAUUGGAUUUGGUCAUUGCCAGAGUCCAGACUUGAUCACCGGGCAAUUUCACCAGCGACACCUGUUUGCACCUUUUCGCAACAUUCACCUCUCCACCAUCGUGCACCCAACGCUCGACACUCUCGAGCCUCUUCACCCGGCAGCGAUGCCCUACCGCCUGGAUACACACGUGUUAACAGUGGAUGCCAACGUCAUCCACAAGGUCGACACCGGAAAUCCUGCCAACUUGUAUUCUAUGUGGACAGUUUUCUCUCGCUGCGCAGAUUCAGUCGAACAAGGCCGCAGAUUGGAGAACUUGAGCUGGAGGCUCUGGCAACGAGAACAGCUCAUUGACAACGCCCACAGAUCAACAGUCCAGUCUACCAAGACUGCCCCCAGAGACAUUCCCUCAGAAGCCCGACUUCCCGAGCUUCCUCAACUCUCUGGCAGUGUCGACUCCCUUGCGGACGAGGACACUCCUGAAUUCACUUCCGUUUCUGCUCCCCUCGAGAUCCGCCCCAGAAUACGACGACUAGACUCUUCCGCUAGCCGCCGGGAUCGCCACAUCAGCUCCGACGACUUUGAGAAGAUGGUCGUCUCCAUUGUCAAGGACAAGGCUCCCCUUUCUGCUCCCACACAGACCUCUCCCCUAAGCAAGCCAGUCGAGCUCAUCACCCGAUCUGGAUCCACCACCACCGAGUCCCGCUUCUCCGAACUGCCCUCAGAGGUAUCACUAGCAUCUGCCGAGAUGGAAUCCUCCUCUCCCAAGGACAUCUCCGGCAUUCCCGUCUUCCAAGCUCCCCCCAUGCCUUCCGCCUCAAUCGACGACUGCAUUCCCGAGCCCAGCUCAUCACCAGCCCACAAGCCUAUCCAGACAAAGAAGCAACCCGCCAGGUUUGCCCUUGGAGCUUCAUGCUCCUCAAGCGACUCUCGCCAGAGCGUCGAGGCUCGCAAGUCCAUCUUGGCUUCAAAGAAGCCCAUGUUCCAGAUUGGUGGCUCCUCUGAGGAAGAGAGUUCCCUCGCUAGCGGCCCCGCAGCGAAGCAGACCUCCUUCAGCAGCAACAACAUCACUCACCACCUUGAUGCCGAGUCUGCUAUUGACUCCGACACCGAGGGCGAGUACAUUGAUGAGAGUGCCAUUGACGACGAUGAUGACUCCUCCGACUGGGAAGACUCCAUCGACGAGAGCGGAAAGCCCAGCGUCGAUGAGAAGUUUUUCCAGCGUGUCGAGUCUAAGGUUAACCUGACCUCCCGACCAUCGCUCAUCACUUUGAUGCUUGCCCAGAACGACCGUGCCAUGAACCUUGGCAACCAGGCAUCUCAAUCUACUUCAGCUCUUACCAGGUCACGAUCUCUCAUGAACGGAUCGUCUCUCGCUGCUUCACCCAACGACUCUGACGAUGGCCCUCUUAUGAUGAAGGGCAUGCGUCAAUCAACGUUGAAGCCUAUCAAUGAGAUUCCUCGAUCCAGCGCCCAGCCCAUUGUCGCCACCACCAACCACGUACAUGCCCAGGCUGCUCUUUCACCACGAACAACUCGCCGCAACAUGCUCGCGACUGAGCUUACCGAGUCUCUUCGACGCCACCUUCUCUGGGAGCGACAGCAAAAGUCGUCCACCGCCAAUGCUGUCCUCAAGCGUCGACACACAUCACACGAUGUUGCCAACCUGAAGCAGUACCCAGAGAGACCGUGCUUGAAGCAGGCCGAGGAUGUCAAUGCGAGCAGCUGGAACCAGUACUUCACCAAGGAGGCCAACAAUGGUUACCACUCCAAGGGCUGGUAA